GAACAGUUUCAGGUUAAGUACGGACCUCCGGAACGAAUUAAGUACUUAACCCGAGGUACCACUAUAGACUGCCUUUGGACAUGGAGGUUCUUACCCCCCCCCCCAUCCUUCCCUGACUUUGGGACUGGAUUCUUGAGCAUCACUUCCUCCGCGCCCCACUCGCCCCACCAAAACCCCUUCUCGACCUGGCGACGGGGAGCUCUCCUUACCCACCGCCCACCCCCAGACGCUUCCUGCGGUGCCCCCUCGUCGUCGUCGUCCUCCUGCUUCAGAAGCAGCGGCAACGAGAAAGCAUCGAGCCCUUCCAAGCCCCGGGGCCGGUUUCCAGGGCAACUCUGAACGCCCGAUCCCAUUGUGACCUCCGCUCCCUCCAGCGGGGAGGCAUUGGCCAGCCAUGGCUCAGCGCAGUCCGGUCCAGUCCCCGGUCAGGGGAGGCGCCAUGGAGGCGGGGAAGCCCGAGGACGCCCCGCCGGCCGUGGUCACUUUCUUCCAGCCCCACGUCGGCGGCCAAGUGCUGGUGCUUUUCAGGUAAAAGGGCUGGGUGGAUGGGGGGAGCGGGGCACAGGGAGGUAGGGGAGGGGCUUCACUCGUGACACUCUCCCCUCUCAAUCAGGAGUUUGCCCCGUUUUGCCUCUGAACAUGUGCAGAGUUCUUUUCCUCCCCGAAAGGGGAAAAUACUUUUUUGGGGCACAGGGAGGUAGGGGAGGGGCUUCACUCGUGACACCCUCCCCUCUCAAUCAGGAGUUUGCCCCGUUUUGCCUCUGAACAUGUGCAGAGUUCUUUUCCUCCCCGAAAGGGGAAAAUACUUUUUCUGGGCACAGGGAGGUAGGGGAGGGGCUUCACUCGUGACACCCUCCCCUCUCAAUCAGGAGUUUGCCACCUUUUGCCUCUGAACAUGUGCAGAGUUAUUUUCCUCCCUGAAAGGGGAAAAUAAAUUUUUUUGGGGGGGGUCCCUCUUUCGCAAAUGUAAAUAUUGCACAGUCCCGAUGAAAGGCCCUUGAACAUGUGCAGAGUUCUUUCGUUCCCUGACAGAAGACGGAAGAGGCAUUGUUUUGCUUUCACCCCCAUUGUGUCUGCAUGAAUUGCAUGCCAUGUUCAGGGGUAGUAAGGCAGCCCCCAGUGACAUGCCUCUGAGCAUUUGCAGAGUUAUUUUGCUUCAGGAGGGAAGAAGGGUUUAUCUGUUGUUCCUCACAUAUAAAGCUUGUUUAUGUGUCUCCUUUAGGGGUUGCAAGGCAGCUUCUCUGAGAGUUUUUUCGUUGAAAGAAGAGGAAAGAGGGUUGGGGGGGUUGUCUUUCCACAAACAUAAAGUUUUAUAUUAUGUGUAUGUAAAAAAUAAUAUUCUCUGUCAUGCGUAUGGCAGUUGCUUUUGGUUAAAACAAAAAACUAGUGACCCAGAACAGAUCUCGCAACACCUUUUAUCCUGGGCAUUUUCACAGCACUUUGCAUAUGCUCUUGAAAUCCUUACAAUAACCUUGCAAUGUAUAUCAGUAUAAAUAUUGUUCAGAUAUUGCAGAGGGCCUGAGACUAAGAAAGAAAGAAGGCCUGACUUUUCUAUAAGUCACGAGGUUAGAAAGACAAGGUUCGAACCAGGGACUGCCUUGUUUAUUUAAAUCUUAAAAUGUUUAUUUGCUUCCCCCCCCCAAAGAGGCUUACGAAAAUAAGAAGGCAGCUAUAUCAGUGUUGCAAGAAAAAGAUAAAAACACAUUCAAAUCUUCCAUAACAUAAUAUUUCAGCCUUCAUCCAGCGAGCAGGAGAAAAUGGCUCAUGGAAAAUUAACUUGCAUGUGGUUCAGCCUCCUCCUAGCUCCUAGAAUACACCAGUGUGAAGAGACAGUGUGGUGUAAUGGUUAUAGUGCCAGACUAUGACCUGGGAGACCAGGGUUCAAAUCCUUACUCAGCCACAAUGAAGCUCACUGGGUGACCGCAGGCCAGUCGCUGUCUCUCAGCCUAACCUACCUCACAGGGUUGUUGUGAUGGUAAAAUCUGGAUUAAGGAGAACCAUGUGUACUACCUUGAGCUCCCUGAGGUAUAUAAAUGUAUGAAAUAAAAAAGUUUUAGGCCUACAGGUGGAUAUUCCUAAAUUGGUGGUAUUUACUCCCUUAAUUUUGGAGGGAGGCAGUAGCAAAUGCGGUUCUAACCAGGCGCCUUUCCCCCGUGCAGUUUGCUCAGUGGCAGCGAAGCCGUUUUAAAGAGGUUCUUACCCAAGAGUCAUCUUUCUAAGGUGAUCAUUCGUGACAACAUCAGUGUCCAGAGAGUGCACGAUAUCAAGGUACAUCUCACUACUGAACCUCCUUACCUGAGCCUUCCUGCUUGUGUUACAUUUCAAAUGCAAGAGAAUGUUUCUUUAGGCUGGUGAGCCAAAUAGCUAUUGUGUAUCUGGGAAAUUGUUUGUUUACCUCUAUCUCUUUUAUGUUCAAGAAGCUCCCUUUGUGUCAAUGGAGGAAGAAGGCGUUCUGUGCACACAAUGUCCUUGCAAAUCAACUCCAUCCACAGGAAUGAGCAGAGUUGUGGAGGUGGAAAGAGCUCCACAUGGCUCCCAAACCAGGAAUACUUUGGCUGCAUUUGCACAGCGGUUUAUCCCAUUUCCCCAGAGCUUCCCUUUAAUCUCAGCAUUAUAUUUGAGCUUUCAUACAACGCAAAAGCCACUUCUGGAAAACUAAUGGAAUACAGUGCAGAUUGGGCAUUUUGUUUCCAUGUUUUUGAGCCCCCGAAAAUGUGUUUGCAGCCCCCAGUUUACCUGGAAAAUUGUGGGAGUAAAGCAAUGAAAUUUGGGGUAGUAUACUGGCAUAUGUCCCCCCCCCCCGCUCUUUUAAUGGGGGAAAUAGAAGCACACAUAUGUGGAAAGGGCGGUGGCGGCAGCGGGGCAGUUAAUGACAUUAUCCAGUGACAUGCACGUCUGAAUGCACCCCUAGGUUACACAACUGGAUUUUGUGUUCAAGCACAACAAACCCGCUUCUGACCAGGUAGAGUGGCAUGAAUUUCACGCACAAGCUCUGAUUGGCUGAGUAGUUUGUAGGGCUUUUCCUUCUGUAUGUUUGGCUAUAUGUCUCCCAUGAAUGGAGAAAGACAGAACCUCUCUGUUCCUUAAUCCUCAGAUUAUGCACCGGUUUGGUUCAGCUUGCUUAGAGUGUUAUUAAGACUUUUCUCUCUGGACUUUUGUCUGUGUUUAUUUAAGUGACUUUGCUAACAGUUGCUUCUGAUUUCUUAAAGCUCAAGCACAUUGAAGAAAGCAAAAGGAAGAUGGGCAAUCUCUUUGACCAGAUGAUGAAGAAGUUUGUGCAUGACCAGCAGAAGAAAAUGAACCGCUGGAAGAAGGAAUAUGGCCACUACCAGAGAAUGCUGGAAAAGAUUGACCAGAGGGCCUGGCUCAAAGCCCACACCUCAACCUUUGCACUGCCAGAGCUAACAAAGGCCAAGGAUGUCACAGGAUGGAAAAAUGUGAACCUGCCACAGCAAAACAGGCUUAGGUAACUUGAGUGACCAUGAGCUAAAGGAGUGGCUUCAUGGUUCCACUUGGCACAGAAAAUCAUCAUGAAAAAGACCCAUGCGUUUCCCCCCCCCGCCCCGUAGGCUUUCCUGCUGGCUUGUCUCAUUAGGAUAAUGGAAUUAAAGUUAAUACAAGGCCUUCACAGCAUUCAUGUGGCACAAAUGUUUCUGUUGUAGGCCUUUAAUUGGAUUUUUUUUGAUGUUCAGAGGGCUUUACAGUCUUUUUGCAGGUCCAGCCUUACCAUUAGGCAAAAUGCAGCAGCAGAUUUUGGGUGUUAUGGAAAAGUAGCAAAUUGUUAGCUAUUGACCCAUUUAUUAUUAUUGUAUUCUUACUGACAGGAAGGGGGAAAGGUGCUUGUGGGUUGGUUUGGAUUUUUUUGCCUCAGGUGCUAAAAUACCUGUUUGGCCUUGGACGCUUUGCAACUUGAUUUGGGGUGGGAGGGGGCACCAGGCUGUUCUAUCUCAAGUGGCAUAAUGUCUUGGACUGUCCUGGUCUUUUGGUUCUCUGCAACCUGUUAUUCCCUGUUUACAGAUAGUUGAUUGACUAAGGCCUAAGGUGAGCCUGUGACCAUGGGGGGGUAUUUGAACCAGCUUGUCCAGAUCGAUUGGAUGCUUCCAAAAUGAGAUGCAUUUGGAAAGUGCAUUGAAAUGGUACAUGCUGCGUCCGUGGGGUCCUUUUCUGCAGAUUGGUGUUCUGGUAUGCAGCUGGCCGGCAAAAUUUGCAUGGAACUACACAACACCCCCAUUCCCAAACACCAGUUGUAUCUGCAUUGCAGCCAAGGUUGUGCAUAGCACACGUUGAAGGAGACAGAAGUACCUGGGUUUAUUUAGUGUCUGUACCCUGCUCUUUAGUCACAAAGACUCCCAUGGCAGCUUACAAACAAUCAGAUAUAACUGUCACUGUCUGCAGGCCUACAACGUAAAAUACAUGGCACACAAGGAAAGAAGUAUAGGGAUGGAAGAGGAAGAGAGCAAACCCAAGAGCACUUCUUAAAGUAAAAAAGUAGUUCUUAUAACUACUUAGAGUGGAAACAGUUCAGCGGCCAGAGAUGCUUGAUGAAGCUGGUCUUAGGAACACAGGAAGCUGCCUUAUACAGAGUCAGGCAGGCCAUUGGUCCAUCUUGCUCAGUAAUAUCUACAAUGACUGGC